AUGCCUCCCCCCCUCCUCAAACGCACCCUCUACACCGGCACCUUCGUCUCCACCCCCACCCCCACCGGACUCGAAAUCCUCGACAACCACGCCCUCGCCGUCGACGCACACGGCGUCAUCACCCACCGGGCGGCGCUCCCGCCCGGAGGUGCGGCGACGGGCUAUGAUGAUGUGGUGGGUUGGGUUGGGCGGAAUUGGGGCUGGGAUGGGGGGUUUGAGUGGGUGAGGCCGGGCGGGGAGGGGAGGGGGUGGUGGUUCCCGGGGUUUGUCGACACCCACAUUCACGCCUCCCAGUACCCCAACGUCGGAAUCUUUGGCAAAACUACCCUCCUCGACUGGCUGAACACGUACACGUUUCCCAUCGAAUCAUCUCUCUCCUCCCUCACUAAAGCUCGCCGCGUCUACUCUGCCUGCGUAUCUCGAACACUCUCCCACGGCACCACAACGGCCUCUUACUAUGCUACUAAACACGUCGCUUCGACAAACCUGCUUGCGGACGUCUGUCUGGAGAAGGGUCAAAGAGCCUUCAUCGGCCGCGUAUGCAUGGACAACGAUCUCAAUCCCGAUUACCUCCGAGACGAGUCACCGGAACAGGCGGUCGAAGAUACAAAAGCAACGAUCGCUCACAUCGACUCUAUCGACCCGACGCACGCUCUCAUCACGCCAAUCAUCACACCUCGAUUCGUACCCUCGUGCUCGUCACCGCUGCUCUCGGGCCUCGGCGCUCUCGCCAAAGAAUCUGCACUCCCGAUCCAAACGCACCUGAGCGAAAAUACGUCCGAGAUCGCGCUCGUCCGCAGACAAUUCCCCGCGCACGACUCGUACUCUCACGUUUACGAUACUCACGGCCUGCUGACGCCAAGGACCGUCUUGGCACAUUGCGUGCAUCUUUCUCUGGAGGAAAGGAUGUUGUUGAAAGAGCGGAAAAGUAAAGUCAGCCAUUGCCCCGUCAGCAACACGAGCAUAAGCAGCGGGCUGUGCCCUGUGCGGGAGCUGUUGGACGAUGGCAUCGAAGUCGGGUUGGGGACAGAUGUCAGUGGGGGAUACUCGUCCAGCAUCCUGGUGGCGGCCAGGGAGGCGGCGAUGGUCAGUAGGACGUUGGCUGCGCUGACCGUGGAGGAGACGCGGUCAGAUGAGAAGGAGGGCCAGCGGGGAGCGGAAGCAUCGGACGACGUCGCGGCGAAGCACUCGACGAGCGCCAAGGAUAGGAAAAAGCUCGGCGUGGAAGAAUGUCUCUACCUCGCUACAAGGGGCGGCGCCAAGUGCUUGGGGUUGGAAGGGAAGGUGGGAGGGUUCGAGGUGGGCAUGCAGUGGGAUGCGCAGCUCGUUGAACUCGAUGCCGUAGAUGGUGAGGGGGGAGCCGACGAUGGCGGGGAGGGGAAUGGAGGGCCGGUGGAGCUGUGGGGCAUGGAGACGUGGGGGGAGAAGGUGGCCAAGUGGCUGUUUUGCGGGGACGAUCGGAAUACGAAGAAAGUGUUUGUGGGGGGGAGGUUGGUGCAUGAGCGGCGGUAA